AUGAUCUGGUGCACCAAUUUCACUCCAGAGGGGAUACGAGCCCAAGUCGAUCAGCAUCUGAAAGACUUCAAGCGAUCCUCAAUUGAUCUCCUACUUCUUCAUUUUCCUGGGAACCACUAUUUAUGGGCGAAGGAUGAGAAUUCUGUCCGUGACCCGCGAAACGCUGAGACCAGGAUCAUCUGCUGGAAGACUUUGGAGGCGUUGUACGCAGAAGGUAAAGUCCGUUUGAUUGGAGUAAGCAACUACAUGGCGAAGCAUCUGCAACCCUUAAUUCAAGAUAUCGAAAAGAGAAAAGCAGCUGGGGACAAGCACGCUCGGCUCCCUUUUGUUAACCAAAUUGAGAUCUCAGCCUUCUGCCAGGUUGGCGAUGAACUUGAGCAGCUGUGCAAGCAGAACGACAUCAUAUUCACGUCUUACAGUUCCCUGGGCAGUGCGAAAUGUGUGGCCGAAAAUAUCGCACACGAAGUUAUUCAAUCGAUCGCAACGAAACACAAGGUCACGGCUGCCAAUGUUCUUCUCCGUUGGUGCCUUCAGAAGGGUUACAUGAUUCUUCCCAGAUCCACUAAGGCAGAACGUGUGAAAGAGAAUUACGGUCCUACUAUGAGUUUCAAGCUGGAUCAAGAAGACAUGGAAGCCAUCUCGAAACUUAACACAGGAAGGAGAGCUGUUCUAGACCCUCAUGACAUCGCUUAA